AUGUCCAACCCGACCACCGGAGCCCUGCCCGCGCCCAAGCAAAUACGCUUUGUCAACAACCAAGGCCAGCCUCCGUCGAAAAGACGGAGGAUUAAUGCGGCCUGCUUGACAUGCCGUAAGAGAAAGACCCGAUGUGCUGGUGAGAAGCCGGAUUGCUCGACCUGCAAGAGAAAUGGGCAUGUUUGCUUGGGAUACACGGACAUUGCGGACAGGAGGAGGGACCCCCGUGGGGACGAUGGGUAUAUGGUUCUAAAGAGCGAGUCUCAUGACGGAUUAGAUUUGAGAAACGGCACUCGCGAUGAAUUUUUGGACAAUGAUGAGGACGACGACGACCGAGACCGGCGUCGCUGGGCGAACAAGAUUGCCCCGCAGACGGCCGGAUUCGUCGACCAGGACGCCUUACCGAAGCACGAGUUGCGACCCAGCGCGACCAUCACACCGAACCAUCGACACGAAGCCGGGAGCGAGUGGGAUCAGGAUAGCGGGUCUCGGAGUUCGGGGAAAGCGAUGCGGCACUCCAACCUGGCCGGAACCGGCUCGUACUCCGAGGAGAGUCGGAGCACCCAUAACCGCUCGCCUAUCUCGUCGCUCGAGCGCCGCCGGGUGCCCUACUUCCGCUAUUUCGGCCCUACUGCUAUCGUGCCUGGAUUUAAACAGAUGGUCGUGAAUGUGUACCGUGGCAGCAGGCACAAGAGCCGAGGCAGCUCAUUCUCAACAUCCUCGCCAGGAUCGUCCCUAUUUGGACACACCUUCCGUUACAACCACACUCCGCAACACGAUACCAUCCUCGAGUCGCUCGAGGACUUGCCCACGUACGACGUUAACAACCCGGGCCCUGUCCACCCUCUGAUAAUUUCCCUUGUUGAGACCUUCUUUACCCAACUAGGUUGCAACUAUCGAUUUUUACGCAGGGACCGCUUCCUAGCGAUGCUGAAGGAGAAGAGGAUAGAACCCAUUCUUGUUGAUGCUGUCUGCUCCUUAGCCGCACGGUUUUCCGAGUUGCCUAUAUUUGCCAGUACCCAGGACGAGAGCCUGAAACGAUCAGAAUAUGGCCACGUUUUUGCGCAUCGAGCCAAGGCGGCCAUCGUCGAUACCUUUCCCUGCCCUUCGGUUGCUGCUGUCCAAGCCUGUCUGUUGAUGGCCUACGAAGGGUUUGGUGCCGAUCAAGAUAGCGCGCUCUGGAUGUAUCUCGGCAUUGCCAUACGCAUGGCUGUGGAUCUUGGACUCCAGAGAAUGGAAGGCGUCAAGUACCAAGGGGAGCACGACGCUUGGUAUUUAAGAUACCGGACGCGGGCCGACCUUGGCCCCGAUGGCCUCGAUGAUCCCGACUCCAAGCACGAGGAGGAGACCCUCGGCCCAGAGGAGCAGCAGAAAGUAGAGCAGGAGCGGAUUGAUACGUUUUGGUCUGUUUUCAUACUGGAUCGUGUCAUCUCAUCAGGGACCGGUCGACCGGUAACGUUCCGCGACGGCGACUUUGAGCUGUCACUACCACCACCGACCAUCGACCCCGUAUAUCACCGGCCCGACCCUUUCCCGCCUUUCAUCGAGAUUAUCCACCUGUACGGCCGCGCCUCGGAUGUACUCAACAACAUCCGAAAUGCCAAAGAUUUGACAGAGGACAGAUUGCACAAGCUCAGGAUUAUGGAAAGGGACCUCACAGCGAUCUACCAGAAGCAAGAUGAACGCCUCCACUUCAGCGCAGUCAACUUCCGGGAAUACGUCAAAGCAGAGCAAGGCACCAUGUUCACGUUGCUCCAUUUCUGGUUCCACGCACUCGUCAUCAUCCUCCACCAGCCUACCCUACUUACGCCUUUCCACAACCUCAGCCCGGCUCAGCUGCUGACGAACAGCCCCGAGCUGCCAGACAGCCGCGAACUGUCCAUGUCGAGCGCUAAGACGAUCGCCGACAUUCUGGCGUUCGCCGAGUUGAUCGACCCCAAAAGUCUGAUCGGAAACCCAUUUACAUCGCAGCCCAUCUACAUUGCCGCAUGCGCAUUCCUCAUGGAAUCGGUCGCCAACACGUCCCAGCCUGCUUCCUAUGAGCCAUCGCCAACCCCGGAUUUCAGGGCUGAACAAUUUAAGCCGCCACCGCCCGUGGCAAAAUACGGCUCAAGCAGCGACACACGCCCGGUGAAACACUCACUUCUGGCAUCCGCCGCCAACCAAAACUACCAGCGCUGCUACAAGUCACUCCAGCAACUUGAGCAGUACUGGGGCGGCGUCGGGUACAUCCUCACGGCUUUGGAUCAAAAGUCGAAGGGCAUAUGGGAUUGUGAGACGUUUACCAGUGAAGAGUAUGAGGCUAUGAAGAUGGCACAGCAAACUCCACUAAGCCAGCUGGCCCGGUUCGAGUAUCCGGCUUCUCCGAACGUGCCUCCUAUUGCAUACUCGCUCACCGGAACCACAAACUCGCCCAACUCCAACCUUACGGUCCUCUUCCAAGGCAACCACAAUGGACAGCCAGGCGCCCACUCCGUGCCAUCACAACCAACGUCCGUGCCAGUCUCGGCCGCAACGCCACCAGGAAACAUGAUUUACGACCCGAUCCGGCAGAGUCUCCCCGAGACACCCCCGGCGUUCCCACCCGCAUAUCUACAGCCCAAUGUGUCAGCUGUGCGCUACCAGCCUCAUCCCCACAGGGUGCACCGAGUCUCCCAAUCACCUGCCCUAAGCAAGUCAACCCUCAAGUUCGAGUCGCCGUCUCCUGCUGGGGAUCUGGAUGUGGGCAACGCGCAAACCGCCAACUCGCAAGCCUACGGGUCGCGAUCGAACCAAAACCUACCACACCAUUCUUCUUACCAUCCCGCUGCUUCAAUACAACCCGCAUACAACAACCUAGACCAAACACGCUCGCAUCCCAGCCCUUCUACAGAAUCCGAAAUGGCCCAGCAUGGGCAGCACAUUCAGGGCCAGGGCUCAUCUAAUCACGACUCCGCCGCUGCCCUAAACAACACCAAUAACAACAACAACAACAACAACAACAACAACAACAACAUGACCGCACAUAAUAAUAAUCACAGCGACUACGAAGCCGACUUUGCGCAGAGCGGUCUGGUAUCCGGGUCGUACUCCUACAUGGGCCCGACGCCUAUCAACGAUUUCAUCACGUUCAACAGCCAGGAGGUCAAUUUCGACAUGCUGGGCUUGCCGAGCACGAUGAUGCCGCCUUGGCUGGAGAUUUUGCCUGGGGAGGUCCUUGGGGGGUUGUUUGAGGGCGGGAUGGUGGGGUCGAAUCAGCACCAUCCUAUGGAGUAG